AUGGCACCCUCAGUCGUGGCUCGCACCGACGCUGGCACGACCGACACCACCAAUGAACCCCACAAUCGUACUGCACCCAUCAUCAUCUCCGUUGUAUCACUCGUUCUCAUAUUUUCAUGUGGCAUUAUGCUCCUCCUCUGCGCACGCAGGCGGCGACGCGAGCUCAAGGCAUUUGACCUGGAGCGCCAGGAAUGGCGAGAGUUCUAUCUCACAUAUCUGGGCACAGUCAAGUCGCUGGAGCGCCAGCUCAGCUGCUGUACCUGCGAGCCCGCUCUCCCCUGGGACACACGCGGCGGCACAAGACCGAAACGUGACAAUGCGGAUGAUUUGAGAGCCCCUGUGACUCAGGCACCGGAUCCCGCGUCGAAUACUGACCACUUCUCUCCCAUUCUAGAACGUUGGCAUCCAGAGCAGCAGGAGGAAGGAUUGCAGAUGACAUUUUGGGAAGAAACUCCAAGCAAGCGCCCCUCUCCGCGGUUACCGCCCCUACGAGAGGACAAAGAUGGGGACGCAAAUCCCUUCGUGGUGGGAGAGGACUCUGACGACGAGGCGAAUGCAAAGGGCGAUAAGAGGUAA